AUGGCCCAGUUUGUCCAUAACCUCGCCGCGAAGGCUCCGGCGCUAGUGAACGCUGCUGUGACUUACUCGAAGUCUGGAUUGGCCACAUUUUGGCACUAUGCCAUGGUUGAGCUGGUUCCUCCAACCCCUGCUGAGAUCCCUACAGCUACUCAGAGCUUGAAAAAAAUAGACAAGAGUGCUCAAACUGGUAGCUUCAAACAGCUCACAGUUAAGGAAGCUCUGCUGAAUGGUUUGGUGGCCACCGAGGUGUGGAUAUGGUUUUAUGUCGGCGAGAUCAUAGGCAAGCGUGGCAUCAUUGGCUAUAAUGUUUGAAGACCAAUCUUUAACAUCUCUUUCUAUGUGGCUUAUUAUUUGAGUGUUCUUGGACCAUAUGUGAUCAGACUGGUAUUUGAAUAAAAUAAGAUAAUGUAUCAAAAAAA